CACCGGAUAUGACGUUUUCUUCCUUCCUCGCGGACUACAGGAGCGAUCAGGCUACACAGUUAUCAUGUCAGGUGCUGAAGCCCUUUCAAAUGAGUCUGUGGAGCUGAAAGAAGACAAACAGUUUGAUGUGGAGGCUGAAGACAACCUCGAAGAUGAUUAUUUUGACCCGACCCGAUAUAUGUUUUACAGGGACAGAAAGGAGUGGGCUGACCUGGAGCCAGUCCCUCAGGACGAUGGACCCAAUCCUGUCGUGAAGAUCGCCUACUCUGAAAAGUUCUCAGAUGUGUUUGACUAUUUCCGUGCACUCUUGAAGAAUGAUGAAAGAAGCGACCGGGCUUUCGCUUUGACAGCAGAAGCGAUCGAGCUAAAUGCUGCCAAUUACACCGUUUGGCACUACAGGCGCGUGCUGCUGCAGGCCUUAACAAAGGACCUGAGGGAGGAGAUGAGGUACAUUACAGCCAUCAUUGAGGAGCAACCCAAAAACUAUCAAGUCUGGCAUCACAGACGUAUGGUGGUGGAGUGGCUGAAGGACCCCUCAGAGGAAUUGGAGUUCAUUGCAGAUAUUCUCAGCCAAGAUGCCAAAAACUACCACGCCUGGCAGCACAGACAGUGGGUCAUCCAGGAGUACAAACUGUGGGACAGUGAGCUGGAGUUUGUGGAGACUCUUCUGGAAGAAGAUGUGAGGAAUAACUCUGCAUGGAACCAGAGGCAUUUUGUUAUUUCUCACACUACAGGAUUCUCUGAACCUGCAUUAGUGGAGAGAGAGAUUCAGUAUUGUCUGACCCAGAUCAAGAAGGCUCCACACAAUGAGAGUGCAUGGAACUAUUUAAAAGGGAUGCUGCAGGACCAGGGUCUGUCGUCGGUGCCGGGCCUGCUGGAGAGGGUCCUCCGGCUGAAGGAGACGCACUGCUCCCCCUAUCUGCUGGCUUUCCUGUUCGACUGCUACGAGGACGCCUUGGAGAACAGCAGUCAGGAAGAGAACAAGUCGGACGAGGAACUAAAGGAAACUUUAGAAAAGGCUCUUGAAAUUUGUCAUCUUUUGGCCCAUGAGACGGACACCAUCCGUAAAGAGUACUGGCUGUUUCUGGGACGCUCUUUGAAGAACAAGCAGGGCGCUGAUGAGCCUGCGCCCGGGCAGCAGGAGAGGAGCUAAACCACCGGCUGUUCUCUUUGCUUCAACACAACCUUCUGUUUGCUUUGAACUUGUGGGUGUCAGCAGCACGGAUAGCGCCCGACAGUGAUCUCAUGCACACUGAAUUCAAACUGUCUUAGAGUGAGGAUGGGUCUUACGUAUCUUACGUUAUUAUCUGUUGUAAUAAAACGACAUAUUUUCUAGAAGGAGCUAACUGACAUGAUCAGAGUUCUUUAUGUUGUGUUUUAAAAAAUAUAUAUAACUUAAGCUAGUUUUGUAACAGCUAUAUUUCUUAAUGAUACUCAUUGGUGACAAUAUGAUUUGAUCCCCGAAUCAAACAUUAAUAGAAGAUAUAGUUUGUUGGGUUGUGAAAAAGUGUGACAUCAUGGGAAUUGUUGUCUUUACCACUAUUAGUUUUUGCAGUCAGCUUCUCACGGUUUAGAUCUGUUCAUUGUUCAGGGGGAUACACUGAAUAAAACAUCUUCAAUUCAAGUCAGUGUUCGGCUGCUGCUAACUGCUAACUCGAAAUCAAGCUGUCCAAUGUAUAAAUCCUUCAUCCGAGUGGAAAAUAUAGUUAAGAAUGACUUUAGAUGUAAAAAGUGUAAAAAGUGUGGUUUGAAACUGGUUAAAAAGCAAACAAAAAAGAGGUCUAGUUUUUGACAUUGUAUUGCCAAUAGAUUGAUACCUUUAACUCCAAAUAGGACUGAGUGGAGCACAGUGUGCACGUACCACUCUGACUCCAGAGCAGUGUUUGGUGGUUUUGUGACAUGUCAUUGUGUUUUAAUGGAAGGCAUCAGAAAGCAUCAAGACAAAUAAAGUAAACUGUUUGCAGUCA